AUGGCGGCUGUCCGUUCGGAAGAUUUCAUGGUGGCGUCAUAUGAUAUCACCGAUGGGGAGCCUGCGAGAAAACUAUGCGUAGAAAGACAGGCGUUAAGAGUUACGAAUUUACGUGGAGACGAAGAGUAG